GACUAUGCCGCCGAUACGGCAGGAAUGAUAAAGAGUUUCGGUCUACCCCAACAAUUGUCUCUCGUACUACAUACUUCUCAACGAAAUUAGAGUUCCAUCACCCCAACGUUUCAAGUAUACGUGAAGCACACCGCAUAUCAGGCCAAUUGACACCCACUUGACGUACACACACUUGUGCUGAAAGCCACGAGCACAAUGGCGCCACCAUCAGCCAUAGAGGUCUCAGCGGUCUCAGACACAACCGGUGUCACUCUACCAAAUCCUCUCACUGCUCCUGUGCAGAACAACGAUCUGUACGGACGACGAAAGAAGACGGACAGAGCUCAAUGGGGCACCGCAGCUCCAGCAAAUACAGCAAACUUCAGACUGCGAUCACACGACCACAAGCCCAAAGCAAAAUCCUGGCAGCACUAUUUCAGCCAUGAAGCGCGGAUGAGGAAGGGUAAUUCGCUCAAGGAAGCUGCGAAGUAUUUAAGCACACCAGGUAUUAUAUCUCUUGGAGGUGGGCUACCGUCAAGUGAAUACUUCCCCUUCGAAGAGCUGUCGAUCAAGGUCCCUACAGUGGGAAAGUUUUCUGAGGCCGAGACAAAGACCUCAGGCGUCAUCAUCAAAUCAGGCAAGCAUGACCUUGCGGAAAACAAAUCCACUUUCGACAUUGCAACCGCCUUCAACUAUGGCCAAGGUGCUGGAGCUGCACAGAUGUUGCGUUGGGUGACCGAGCACACUGAGAUGGUACACGACCCGCCUUACGAGGACUGGCGAUGCACGAUGAGCAUCGGAAGCACAUCUGGGCUCGAAAUGGCUCUGAGACUACUUACACGACCUGGUGACGUGAUGCUUUCUGAGGAGUACACGUUUUCAGCGGCUGUAGAAACAGCACGUCCAAUGGGUGUUCGCGUUUGCGGUAUUCCGGUCGAUGCCGAAGGUCUACUUCCCGAGGCUAUGGACGAUAUUCUUUCAAGCUGGGAUGUCAGCACUCGAGGCUGCCGCAAACCCCAUCUCCUCUACACCGUUCCUACAGGCCAGAACCCCACAGGUGCCACGCAGAGCACUGAGCGUCGACGAGCACUGUACAAGGUGUGCCAGAAGCAUGACGUCUACAUCAUUGAAGAUGAGCCAUACUAUUUCCUCCAAAUGCAACCGUACACCGGUCCUAACGCCCCAGUCGCCCCACCGCCCAAAUCCCAUGCCGAGUUCCUGGAAACCCUCGUACCCAGUCUCCUCUCCAUGGAUACCGACGGUCGCGUCAUGCGUCUCGACUCGUUUUCCAAAGUGAUCGCGCCCGGGUCCCGCAUCGGGUGGGUCACCGCGUCUGCCGAAGUCAUCGAAAAGUACCAGAAGCACGCGGACCUGUCGACGCAGAAUCCGUCGGGCAUAUCGCAGCUUGUGCUCUUCAAGCUGCUGGAUGAGCACUGGGGCCACCCCGGCUACCUCGACUGGCUGAUCUACAUCCGCAUGGAGUACACCAAGCGCCGCGACGCUAUCCUUGCGUCCUGCGCCAAACACCUCCCCCGCGAGGUCAUGAGCUGGAAUCCGCCCAUGGCCGGUAUGUUCCAUUGGAUGCAGGUUGACUUCAGGAAGCACCCAGAUUAUCCGGCGAAGACCAUUGAGACGAUCGAGGAGGAGAUUUUCCUUAAGGUCAUUGAUCACGGAGCGUUGGUCAUGCGCGGAAGUUGGUUCUAUGCGGAUACUGAAGAGAGCCAUGAUACACUGUUCUUCAGGGCGACAUAUGCAGCGGCGCCGGCGGAGAAGAUCGAUGAGGGCAUUAGGAGAUUGGGCGAAGCUGUGAGGGAGGAGUUCAAGCUGGGCAAGGCCAACGGUCACUGAGCGGGAAGUGUUUAUAGUGAACGUAGUUUGGUUCAGUUGUAGCAAUCGGCAUUAGAUAGCGUGCAUUGAGAAA